AUGCCUCCAACAAGAAGGAGUAGUCAGAAGCUACAGGCCGCGCAGACUCGCAGGAGAAGCUCUCUUAGGAAAGGAGAACAACCUGCGGUAUCUAGCGACGUCGAGGAUGACAGCCCAGUCUCCGACAGCGGACGCGCCAAGCAAAAACGUACAAAGGUCGAGGCCAAGGCCUCUAGGCCCUCGCGCGAGCCUGUAGCCUCGCAACUGGCUUCGCCCCCGACCCCAACAUCAGGGCAAACCCUGGACAUCCACACAUCGCAUAAGGCGCUCUCAACAGCCCAGCCUUCCAGAUCGAAGUCACCUCCCACCUUACGUACCCCCGAUUCAACUUCCCUCCGUGGCUCGUCUGUGGCUACGUCUAUGGAUCCUGAACCCGAUCAAUUGGGUCUGGAACUUACAACGCAGCAGAACAAUGAUCUCCGGGCGAUUCUAUCGUGCAUCAAGCACCACUUGUGCUUCCUACUUGCAACCACCCAAGCUUUUCCAAACGAAAUGGAAGCAUACGAUCUCAUCGGUCUUGCGAAUAAGGCUGCGCAGGACCGUUUUCCUACAUAUGACCACAAACUUGUACAAUUCGGCCACAUUCACCAAAUGAUGAGGGACAAGCCUUCAGUUUUCCGCAACACAAUCAAGACACUUGCGAAGAAGUACGUCGACGAAGAAUAUAAAUUCAGCCCCCAGCCUUGCGAAGAGAACUCGGCUCUUGCACGCGCUCUCCUCAGUGGGACAAACUUCUACUUCAAUGAAUGGAGAGAUACCGAGAAACGACGUGGUCGAUUCCGAUCACCCCCCUUCACUAAACUGAUCAAGCAUCUUUACAAGGAUGCUGAUUGGUCAUUGUCAUGGGGGACAGUGAUUGAUGCAGAUCAGGACAAUGUUAUGCAACAUUUAAUUUCAUUUGCAGCAACAGCAAUGACUGCUGAUACUGGAAUCAAGAUCGAAUAUGUACUCAACGGGUAUGCUGGGAUACAAUACGACUUCACAGUAACGUUUUAUCGUGACAUCUAUGAAUCUCAUCUUCGCGAGUUGAACAAGUGGCUUAAAACUCAGCCGAACGCUGCCAAGGUAUGGGAAGAUAUCUGUGAAUCCUAUCAACACAUGCGGCAGAAAGCAUUGUCAAGAAACUUCCUCGAUCAACGCAUCGCCUUCCCCAUUUGUUACGAAACCGAUGAUAUGUAAAUACCAUCUAUACUAUUAUAAUAAUACGGCCCGCAAAUGGUCUUAGCCCCCUGUUGAAGGCUAAGAUCGGAAAACUGAAGACCAGCAUCAUAUUUAAACGACGAUUGCUCGACAUAUGGAUCUGCAGGUUAUGAAGCCUAUCCUUGCUUCUGAAGCAUUUUCAAGCCUGUGCAGUUGGUCCCACGAAUUCGGUAAUGUUUCCAUCAUCCAGACCAUUGAGAUCGAUAUGUUCUGCAAGCAGACCGUCUUUCAUAUGCUUCUCGUUUUUGCUGCCCGCGAGCGGAGUGAUUCCUAUUUGUUGUGCGAUGCGGAAAAUGGCUUGGGCUGGGGUGCAUGAACGGGAUUCAGCAAUCUUGACUAUGGAUGGAUGAUUAAACAGGGCUGGAGAUCCCGUU